GAAUAGGAUUGAUUUUCCUGAAGAGUUAAGUAAAUUCAAGAAUAAAAUGUUCCUUUUCAAAGUUUCUGUGAAGUUGGAGAACAUCAAUUCUUUCCAAUUGGUUUCUAUCACAGUCGUGAAGUUGUGUCACAAUGAGGCCAUAAUCAAUUCCUUCAAACAAAAGUAUAGUAUUGAGCAGAAUGCUGAUUCACAAGUAGGUGAAUACCAACCUGACAUUGAGUCUUCCAAGUUUAUCACACCAAUCACGUCUGGACAGAAUUCAAGUUCUGCUGGCAAAAAUAUUACGGUUAAUGAAGCUGAUGAUGGAGGUGCUACUUUUACCUGGGACAAACAUACCUUAGUUGCAAACCCAGCUCAUUUUUUUACAGAGAAACCUACAGCUACUUUUGGUGUUGCUUCUGAUGCUGCUGAGAGUGAAAGAUUUACUGUGUGAACUAUCUUAUCUUUAAGUCGCUUCAUUUUUAUUUUGUUUAGUUCCAAAUUUCUUAUAUGAUACACUGGGUAUAUUAUUGGAGGCUUUUCAAAUAUAGCAUUGGUAUUAUGGACAUAAUACUUUAUA